AUGGGUCAAUUACCUGCCGAUCACGUUGAACCAGCGCGUCCGUUUUUGAAAUGUGGAAUCGACUUCGCGGGACCGUUCUUAAUUAAAUCUAGUAUACGCCGUAACGCGCCUUUACUAAAGGGUUAUGUAUGUAUUUUUGUAUGUUUUACGACUAAAGCCGUACACAUAGAAUUAGUCAGAGACCUAUCCACGCAAGCAUUUAUUAGUGCUCUAAAUCGAUUUUUUGAUAGACGCGGAAAGAGUAUAACUAUAUACUCAGAUAAUGCAACUAAUUUUGUUGGUGCAAGUCAUAAAUUAAAAGAGUGGUACGACUUAUUCCAAACAGAACAACAUAAGAAGAAGGUCGAGGAAGUGCUAUCAGAAAGUGAAGUCCAAUGGAGAUUUAUACCCCCGCGUUCUCCGCAUUUCGGUGGAUUAUGGGAAGCAGCUGUUAAAUCAAUGAAAAAUAUAGUUCAAAAAACAUUAGGCAAUGUUCAUUUGACGUAUGAAGAACUGUAUACUGUACUCACUCGCACUGAGGCCUGUCUCAAUUCCCGUCCACUUACUCCUAUUUCUACCGAUCCAAAUGACUUGUCAGUAUUGACGCCAGGUCAUUUCUUAAUAGGUGACUCUCUAUUAGCCAUUCCUGAACCUGACAUAGCGAAUGUCAACAUAAACAGAUUGACACGAUGGCGUAGAUUGAACCAUUAUUCCCAAAUCAUUUGGAAAAAGUGGAGUCGGGAAUAUUUAAAUCAACUCCAGGAGAGGAAAAGGUGGGCAGGCGAGAAAGGGCCUAAAUUAGAAAUUGGUACUGUGGUCCUAGUUCGUGACGAAAAUCUUUCCCCCCUGUAUUGGAAAUUGGGUAGAGUAACAAGCGUGCAACGGGGUCCUGACGAAAUCAUUCGUUCGGCUGAGGUCAAGUUGGAAAAGGGUUCAAUCACACGAGCAGUGUAUGAUAUAUUACCAGAUAUAUUACCAGAAACAUGUGAGGCAGGAGUAUUAAUUUUAUCAAAAGACAUUUUUUAUAAAUUAAGGUACGCAAAUACGUGGAUAUAUACGACUAGAGGUGAAACAUUAACUAUUGCAUGUCGAGGAAAUACGGAACCGUAUAUACAAAAGAUAAAAAUCAAGGGAUCGGGAAAUUUAGUAUUCACGAUUCCUAAUAAAAUAAAAGAUAUAAACCUACCUAGGUUAGUAAUUAAGGAAGAUAAUCACAAACUAGAACGAAUUCACGAAAUAGCACAUUCACUUGACGAGGUACAGAACAUGAUAGAUAGUGAAAUAGAAAAACAGUCGGGACAGGACAUAAUAAACAAUAAGCGCAACUAUUUGUUGCAACCUCGUUAUGAAAUGGUACGAAUGGUAAAAAGUAAGUUUUAUGCGGAAACCACAAGUAACACCGCUAAAGGUGUUAUUCAAGUGGAACAGGAACAAAGUAAAGGAAAAAGCGUAUUGCCGAAAAUAAAAUAA